AUGUCCUCAUCACGCGCUAAGCAAGACAUGAGUCCGAGUUCCCAUCUCAAGUCCACGCUGCAGGAGCUCAAAAAGAGUGUUGUUGAUGAUGCAGACCAUUUUGCACGUGGUGAUUCGAUGAAGUCCAGCGCUCAAGCUAUGAAGGAAAAGAACAUAGAUAGCACGGUCAAGAAAGGUGGUGAUAAGUCCAAGGGUACUGUUGGGGUAAAUAGGCAGUAG